AUGAGGUACUUCACUUCAUUCAUCAUCCUCGCGGCAUCGCUCGCUACCGCAGCCCCAGUGCCUGCGCCGCUGCCAUUGCCCGAGCCGCAGAACGACAGGGCCAACAACGGUGCUACUGCCAUCGAGGCCGCUGUUGAUAUUGCGUUCGCCACCGCUCUGGGCCAAGCCGGCGUCUUCGGUCAAAGCUCCGGCCCCGAGUUCGAGGCCGCUCAGAACCAAGCGGCUCGAGCCGCCGCCCAAGUCGCUGCCGAUGCUCUUGCGGCGAACCAGGCACAGGGCAUCCAGACGGAGCUUGAGCUAGAUCCGCCUGUGCAGGCCGCCCUGGAUGAGAUCCUGGGGAACAACGGGAACAAUAAUAAUAACAACGGGAACAACAACAACGGGAACAACAACAACAACAACAACAACAACGGAAACAACAACAACGGAAACAACAACAACGGAAACAACAACAAUGGAAACAACAACAAUGGGAACAACAACAAUAAUAAUAACGGAGGCAAUAACAACAAUAACGGGAACAACAAUGGCAAUAACCAAAACAAUAAUAACAACGGCGGCAACAACGGAGGUAACGGAGCCAACAACGGAGCCAACAACGGAGCCAACAACGGAGCCAACAACGGAGCCAACAACGGAGCCAACAACGGAGCCAACAACGGUGGUAACAACGGAGGCAACAAUGGAGCCAACAAUGGCGGCAACGGAAAUGGAGGAGGUAACCGUGGCUUCCGGGGCGGCUUCGGUGGCUUCCGAAGAGGGAGGUCACGCAACUAG